AUGACCCGGGGAUCCACAAAGCGUACCAGUCCAAGCCACAUCGUGUCUGUCUUGAACCCACCGUCCAUCUCGUCGUCACCAGAGCCGCAAGAAGGGGCCCUGAAAUCCAACAUGACGGGCCGGAAGAACAACUCGCGUAAAAACGCUCCGGAUACCAUCACCUAUACACCAACCACUCAUCGCAUCAGCAAGGCUAAGAAGGGAAAGCGCGUUUUCACCAGGGCGGAGCACCGAAGACGCCAUGAGCUGAAUCAUAACCCCGAGGCAUCCUACCGCUGCCCAACGCAAGGAUGUAAGAAGGCAUUCCACCGUGCUGAUCUACUUGCACGUCACAUAGAGAGACACGAACUCGAAUCGCAAUCAGAGCAGUCCUCGUGGGAAUCCAACCCCCCAGAGCUCAUCGUGCCCGAGUCCGCUGUCCCGCGCUGUCUGUCCAUGGAUCACGGAAUGACAUUGGCCACCGCCUCUCAUUCACACUCCAUGUCCAUCGGCUCCCUCGUAGCUCCUGGGAUUCACCCGGAUCUGGCCAACACUGACUGCUCAUUGAUGUGGAGCGGGGUUGACUUGCCCUUACAGCCCCGCCCAGUCUUCCAUAGCCAGCUCCCCGACUCCGUUGACGACAGCCCAUUUUACUCUUCCCCCGCAGAGACAUGUCCCUCACCUCUGUCGGAUGCGACGUUCUCUCUUCCUCCCCAUUCUAGCUCCUCCAUCUCUUCUGCGUAUGUGUCCGUGAUCGACCAGUACCCGAAGAAUAUCCUCAAGGGCGACGUCAAUUCGUCCCCGCUUCAGAUGCACAAUUCCCCCCGCUGGGAGAUUGAUGCUGGCAUGCCGCAGUCGCAUCUAGUUGCCAUACCAAUGGAGGAGAAUAUGAUCCAGCCAUCCGUUCAGUGCCACAACCAUUCUCCUGCGUGGUCCAGCGCAGACUGCCUUCCCUACGAGGACCAAGUCCACUCUCUGCACCAGUUCCAGCCUCGGAGCUGGAUGUGA